UCUAAAUUAAAUAAAGUCGCUAUUUAAUUACCUAAGUAAACUUUGUUUGACACAUAAUUUGGUUUCCAUGGCGCUCCCCGACGAAGUUUCCGCCAUCGAAAGAAUUCGAAUGCAUCUCUUGGGAGAAUCCGAGAUUGAUGGCAAUGGUGCCAUCAAUUCGGGAUCGCGAAUCAGUCCAAAGAUGGAGUGGAUCGAGUUCGGGAUCGGGAGUGCUCCUGAUGAUCAUCAUCAUCAUCAGGAGCACUACAGGGGGGUGAGGCGUCGGCCGUGGGGGAAGUACGCGGCAGAGAUUCGCGACCCUAAGAGGCGCGGGUCGAGGGUGUGGCUGGGGACGUACGACACGGCAGCGGAGGCAGCUAGGGCUUAUGAUAGGGCGGCGUUCAGGAUGAGGGGCAGAAAGGCGAUCCUCAACUUCCCACUCGAGAUUGAGGAGGCGAUGCGGAGGACUGAGCCUUUGUAUUGCCACCCACAUCUCCUAGUGUAGGCUACACUCAUCAUUUACUACUACUUCGUUUAUCUUAAUCUCUUUUUGUUAAGAAAUAUACAAACUUCAUAUUCAGACUA